AAAUAUUUAUUAUAUUUAGGAUGACUGAUACUAAAGGAUCAAUGGUGGCACCAUUAUCAAAAUAUAAAUUAGUAUUUUUAGGAGAUUAAUCUGUUGGGAAAACUUCAAUUAUAAAUAGAUUUAUGUUCGAUACAUUUGAUGGCAAAGAUCAUGUAAUUGAGUUUGAAUAUUGAAGCCUACAGUUGGAAUUGAUUUUAUUUCCAAGACCCUCUACUAUGAGGAUAGAACAAUUCGUUUGUAAUUAUGGGAUACAGCAGGAUAAGAGAGAUUCAGAUCCCUUAUACCAAGCUAUAUUAGAGAUAGUGCAGUUGCUGUAGUUUGUUAUGAUGUUGAAGGUAUAUUAUGAUAAUAUUAAGUUAAAUAAUCAUUUGAUAGUGUUGUUAAAUGGAUUGAAGAUGUACGUCUAGAAAGAGGAACCGAUGUAAUAAUCUUUUUAGUGGCAAACAAAAUUGAUCUUGAAAAUAGGUAAUUCAUUAUAUACUAAUUGUUAGAGUUGUAUCUACAGAAUUAGGGGCAACAUUAGCUAAAGAAUAAGAUGCUCAUUUUAUUGAAGUUAGUGCUAAAUCAGGAAGCAAUGUUGAAUUACUAUUUAAAUAAAUAGCAGCUACUCUCCCAGGUACUGAAACAUCUUAAAUGGUUAAUUCUGUUGUUAACAAUCCUACUUAACGUAUUAUAUUAUAUUUAUUGAUAGCUAAUAAUGUAAAAUUAGACAACCCAUAAAAUUAAGAUUAGGAAAAAAAUGAUCGAAAGUCAUGUUGUUGAUUUCCU